UGUUAGUGAGAAUGUACGUGAUAAGCAUUCAUGAUAAUAAAAAAAAAUUGUCAGCUUUGUACGAUAAAUAUUUAUGCAACUAGAAACUAAAUUAGUACGUUACUAGUGUUUUAAACGAUAAUUGUUUUUUCAUACCAACUUUUUUUAAAGUGAAAAAAAUAUUUUUUUAAUACUUGGCAAUAAAAGAGAAAAAAAUAACCCUUGUGAAAAAAUAUUAAUCAAGGUAAACAAAAAUGAAUGGUACAUAAAUAUUACCACAUAAAUUUUAAAAAUAAAAUAAUACGAAAUUGCACAAAAUGAUUAUUAUCUUGUUACUAUUUUCAUUUUGUAUUUUAAUGCAAACUAUGCAAUUUAAACCACGAGUUAAUAUUUCUCAAGGAAUUGUUGAGGGUGUUAUAUUAAGAACAAAAAACAGAAGAGAUUUUUCAGCAUUUAUUGGAAUUCCCUAUGGUGAACCACCAGUUGGAGAAUUAAGAUUCAGCAGUCCAGUACCAAUAAAAAAAUGGGUUGGUACUUAUUUAGCUGACAAUGAAAAUUUUCAAAUCAAAUGCCCUCAGUUCGAUUCAGAUGAAGUAAUAGGUCAAGAAGAUUGUCUAUAUUUGAAUGUCUUUACACCAUUGACAAAAUUUAAUUUGUCAAACCCAAACGAUUCUCGAUUUCCAGUUAUGUUGUGGAUUCACGGAGGAGCUUUUGUAUUUGGAAGUAAUUCAUUCAAUGAAUAUGGUCCAAAAUAUUUUUUAGAUAAAGAUAUCGUUCUUGUUACUAUAAAUUAUCGUUUAGGUGUUUUUGGAUUUUUAACAACUGCUGAUUUAGUGGCUCCUGGAAAUUUUGGUUUAAAAGAUCAAAUUCUAGCAUUAAAAUGGGUUCAAAAUAAUAUUGAAUCAUUUGGAGGUGAUAAAAAUAAAGUGACAUUAUUUGGAGAAAGUGCUGGUGGUAUGUCGAUUAGUUUUCAUACACUUUCCGAUGCUUCAAACGGUUUAUUUCAUCAAUAUAUAUUGCAAAGUGGAAAUGCACUUUCUUCUUGUGCAUAUCGAGAUAAAACUAAUUUCAAAAUUGAUGUAGAAAGAGUAGCUAAAAGUGUUGAUUGUCCAAUGGUGAAUUCUACGAUUAUGAUAAAAUGCCUUAGGAAUGUAAAUUUUAAAAAUUUAUUAAAAGCAAGCAAAUUUUAUGAAUCUAAAAAGCCACAACUUAUUUGGACACCAACCAAUGAAAUUGCUUCAAAAGAUGCAUUUUUAAUGGAUAGUCCUCAAAAUUUAGUGCGGCAAAACAAAAUAAAGAAAUAUCCGUUUAUCAGUGGUGUUGUUGCUGACGAAGGACUUUAUGUAACUGCAGGAAAGUUUUUCCAAUUUAUUAAAAUUGUUUAAAAAAAAUUAUAUAUAGUUAUUUACUAU